AUGGCUACUGAAAGAGAUGAUUCGCUUCAGUCUGUGAGUGUGAGGUUGGAUGGGAAGAACUAUUCAUAUUGGAGCUAUGUAAUGAAAAAUUUUCUUAAAGGUAAGAAGAUGUGGGGGUAUGUUAGUGGAACUUAUAUGAUACAGAAGAACAUUGAGGAGAGGGAUGUUGUUUUGAUAGAUACAUGGAAGGCAAAUAAUGCAAAAAUCAUUACUUGGAUCAACAAUUCUGUUGAACAUUCGAUAGGCACACAGUUGGCGAAGUAUGAGACAACAAAAGAGGUUUGGGAUCAUCUGCAAAGGUUAUUCACACAAUCAAAUUUUGCAAAACAGUAUCAAUUAGAGAAUGACAGACGAGCUCUUCAUCAGAAGAAUAUGAGUAUUCAAGAGUUUUAUUCUGCCAUGGCAGAUCUUUGGUAUCAAUUGGCUCUUACAGAAUUGGCAGAAUUAAAGGCAUGUGGUGCCUAUAUUGAGCGUAGAGAGCAGCAACGAUUAGUACAAUUUUUAACAGCACUUCGUAAUGACUUCGAAGGACUUAGAGGUUCAAUUCUGUAUCCUUCUCCACUGCCUUCUGUUGACUCUGUUGUGAGUGAGUUAUUAGCUGAAGAAAUACGUCUUCAAUCUUAUUUUGAAAAGGGAAUUCUUUCUGCUUCGAAUCCUUCAGUAUUAGCAGUACCUUCGAAGCCAUUCUCUAAUCAUCAGAAGAAACCUUACACAAGGGUUGACUUCGACGAGUGCAGUUUCUGCUCUAUUACCGAUCCCAAUACUUUGGCUGAGCAAUUUCAGAAGUUUCUCUCCUUGCAGCCACAAGCAAUGUCCGCUUCUUCUUCCAUAGGUCAGUUGCCUCAUAGUUCCUCAGGUAUGUCACACUCUGAAUGGAUCUUGGAUUCUGGUGCUUCUCAUCAUAUGUCUCCAGAUUCCUUAUCUUUUACCUCUGUGUCCCCUUUAUCCUCCAUUCCUGUUAUGACUGCUGAUGACACUCCUAUGCCCUUAGCAGAUGUUGGUUUUGUUGUCACACCUCACUUGUCUCUCCUUAAUGUUUAUCUUAUUCCAAAACUUAAAUUGAAUAUUGCAUCUAACGCAGUAAGUUAUCCUCUCGAUCCGCUGUUUGUGUCUUUCUGGGUUAUGGUGAAGAUCCCUUUUCCGAGGAUUCUGGUAAUGAUACCUCUCCCCAUGUUCGAUCAAUUUGUACUCAUAACUCUACAGCUUUUAUUCAUUGUCUCCUCUUCCUAUAAAGAGGCAAUUCUUGAUCCACUUUGGCAGCAAGCUAUGGAUGAGGAACUUUCUGUUUUGCAUAAGACAUAUACUUGGGAUUUGGUUCCUCUACCUCCUGGUAAGAGUGUUGUUAGUUGUCGUUGGGUGUAUAAGAUUAAAACUAAUUCUGAUGGGUCUAUUGAGCGAUACAAAGCUAGGCUGGUUGCAAAAGGAUAUUCUCAACAAUAUGGUAUGGAUUAUGAGGAGACAUUUGCCCCGAUUGCAAAAAUGACUACUAUUCGUACUCUUAUUGUCGUAGCUUCGAUUCGUCAGUGGCAUAUUUCUCAGCUUGAUGUUAAAAAUGCCUUCUUGAAUGGAGAUCUUCAAGAAGAAGUUUACAUGGCACCCCCUCCUAGUAUUUCACAUGACUCUGGAUAUGUUUGUAAGCUUAAGAAAGCAUUAUAUGGUCUCAAACAAGCACCUCGUGCUUGGUUUGAGAAAUUCUCUAUUAUGAUCUCAUCUUUUGGCUUUGUUCCUAGCAGUCAUGAUUCUGCUCUUUUUAUUAAGUGCACUGAUGCAGGUCGUAUCAUUCUGUCUUUAUAUGUUGAUGACAUGAUUAUUACUGGUGAUGGUAUUGAUGGUAUUUCAGUUUCAAAGACAGAGUUGGCUAGACGAUUUGAAAUGAAGGAUUUGGGUUAUCUUCGAUAUUUCUUGGGUAUUGAGGUAGCAUACUCACCUAGAGGUUACCUUCUUUCUCAAUCGAAAUAUGUUGUAGAUAUUCUUCAGCGGGCUAGACUUACUGAUAACAAAAUUGUAGAUACUCUCAUUGAGGUUAACGCAAGGUACUCUUCUUCUGAUGGUUUACUUUUGAUAGAUCUCACUUUAUACCGCACUAUUGUUGGGAGUUUAGUAUAUCUCACCAUUACUCGUCCAUAUAUUGCAUAUGUUGUUCAUGUUGUUAGUCAGUUUGUUGCUUCUCCUACUACUGUUUACUGGGCAGCUGUUCUUCGUAUUUUGCGAUAUCUUUUAGGUACAGUUUUUCAGAGUCUUUUACUUUCAUCCACCUCUUCCUUGGAGUUGCAUGCAUACUCUGAUGCUGAUUAUGGUAGUGAUCCCACAGAUCGCAAGUCUGUUACCGGGUUCUGUUUUGGGUUUAUGACAAAAAUGGCAUCAUCAUGUCGCGAGGAAGAGAGUCUCUUAUUACGGAUUGAUGUGUGGAAUGUACGUGGAGUGCAGAAGCUCAUCGAGACGAUCAGAAUGUGGGGUGGGAGAGCCAUUCAAGAUGGUGGAAGAGAGUUCAUUUGUUGCAUUGCUAGAUUAUUUGCCAUGAAACAAGAGGAACAUGGACCAAGGAGAAAGCUAAGAAGGUGCUGGUUUACUUCUCAUGGACACACUGUGUUGGAGGUAGGGUACACUGUGUUGGAGGUAGGAGUUCUGACAUGUGGUGAAGAUCUACCAGGCUUUCUGAGGAAUCAUUUUGUUGGUCUCCUUAAUGGCAUUGAUAGAAAAAUGCUUCAUGCAGAGGAUCUUUCGCUGCAGACACAAGCUUUGCGACGUAUUAAAAUGCUAAUUGAAAUGAUGGGAUCACAGCUUGGUACUUAUGUGCCAAAAUUAAUGGUCCUUCUUAUGCAUGCUAUUGAUAAAGAAUCACUGCAAAACGAGGGCCUAUCUGUCUUGCACUUUUUCACAGAGCAAUUGGCAAACAAGUCACCAUCUAACACUAUACAUGUCAUUUCUCAAGUUUUUGCUGCCCUUAUUCCCUUCUUGGAGAGAUACAAAGAAAAUCCUUCUACACAUUUGAACAAAAACAGAACCAUCCUGAAGCAGCAUAUUCAUGAAUUUCCCCUAUUAGCUAGUAUUCUUGAGCUAAUGGAAGUGAACAAAGCUAUUCAAGAAGCACGUGGGUCAAUGACUUUGAAGGAUCAAUUGCGAGAUGUUGUUGAUGGUUUUAACCAUGAGAACUUGAAUGUUAGGUAUAUGGUGGUGUCAUUACUCAGAGGAUGUCCAGAAGAAUUAAGGACUGCAGUAGGACAGCGGCAGAAGGUGGUCUGUGCUGAUUGUCUCGGAGCAUUGGGUGGGGUUGACCCUGCUAAACUGAUCCACAAACACUUGGCUAGGGCUUUUAGAGCUGCACCUGAUCCCAUUGUUCAGGACUCAGCUGCACUGGCAAUACAAGAAUUGCUUAAGAUAGCAGGUUGUGAGGCAUCACUGGAUGGGACUGCUUCGCUGUCAGAAGCAGCAUGGAGGCUGGGCAGGUGGGACUUGACAGAUGAGUACAUCAACGGGGCAGAUCAUGAUGGUUUACUUUGUAGUGGUUCUGAAAGUAAUGCUUCCUUUGACAUGGAUGUUGCAAAGAUUCUCGAGUCCAUGAUGGAGAAGGAUCAGUUCUCAGUUGCUGAGAAGAUUGCACUAUCCUAA